AUGUUGAGAAACUACAAGAGCCCAUACGAAAGCAGUGUUGUUACGCUCCUUAAGGAUGAGGGAUUCAACCUGAUCGGAAAGGCAAACAUGGAUGAGUUUGCAAUGGGCACUAAUAACACCUUUUCAUGCUUUGGCCCUACACUCAACCCCUUAUACGAAGAACCCACUAGCCCAGGUGGAUCUUCUGGCGGGUCUGCCGCGGCUGUCGCUGCAGAAUUCUGUGAUGUUGCCUUGGGUACAGACACCGGUGGAUCUGUACGUUUACCUGCUGCCUACUGCUCCGUGUAUGGCUUUAAACCUUCGUACGGCUUGAUCUCCCGUUACGGAGUAGUGAGCUACGCCCAGAGUUUAGACACAGUUGGAAUACUUGCUCGUGAGGUCAAACAUAUUGCUCGAGUGUUCCAUGUGCUAAAUCAAUACGACCAACGUGAUCCCACGAGUUUGUGUCCCGAGCUGAGGCAAACAUUGGGCAGCCGGCAGAAAAAAGAAGCAAAAGGUCUUCGAAUUGGAAUCUUAUCGCAGGCAAUUCUUGAAAUGUCGCCUGAAAUCAAAAAGGCCUGGGCUGGUGUUCUUGAAGACUUGCAAGAUCAGGGACACACCAUUCACACAGUCAGCGUGCCGACCAUGAAGUAUGCUUUGCCAACAUAUUUCAUGGUCUCUCCAGCAGAGGCAUCAUCAAAUCUUGCACGAUAUGACGGAAUUCGGUACGGUACCCGUGCAGAGACCGACCGCGACUCCCACGACACACUUUAUGCACCUACUCGUACGGAAGGAUUUGGCCCUGAGGUUCAACGCCGCUUAUUGCUUGGUACCUUUAAUUUGAGUGCUGGUGCAUUCGAAGGCCAUUUCAAAAAGGCAUUGAUGGUUCGUAGGAUUAUCAGAGAUGAAUUCAAUGCUCUGUUUGCUUCCAAAAACGUUCUUGUUGAGGAGGACUACGAGACCGGAGACAUUGAUGUUCUUGUUCAUCCUACUGCUUUGACUCCUCCUCCAUCCCUUGAUAAGAUCAACCAUGGUGACCCCAUCGAGCACUACACAAACGAUGUACUCACAGUGCCCGCUAAUCUGGCAGGGUUGCCCGCUAUUUCAGUUCCUCGUGGCAAGGGAGCUGGUAUGCAAGUAUGGGGUCAAUACGGAGACGACGAGCUUGUUUUGAGUGUUGCAGCUCAAAUCAGCAAACAAUAA